AUGAAUACUACAAAUGAAUCAACAAACUAUACCACUAUAAAUGCUAGCUCUGUAAAUUGGAGUAACAAUCAAAUUAAUUCUUCUUUUUCCAGUUUGCGAGUGCAAAUUAAUGAUUAUGAUACUUAUCAAACUCUCCCAACCAGAUUGGACCAACUAUGUACUCAAGUCACUCAAGUUCCGAUAAUCAGAAUCUAUGGGUCUUUAUCGGUACAAAACUCUUUAAGUAACACAGAUUCGCCUAACAAGAAGAAGCGGAAAAUAGAUGAGACUACAUCACCAGCAGUUUUUAAUGUUGUUAUUCAUGUACAUAAUUUCUAUCCAUAUAUCUAUGUUGACUGUCACGAAACUGAUUUUACGAAAUUGGAAAAUGACGAUUUUAUCAAAUUAAUAACAGACUAUUUAGAAACUGUUUUAGAGGAAUCUUUUAAAUAUAGAAAAUCCUCAAAGAAUCUAGAUGAUGAUGAACAGAACCAUGUUGAAAAUUUAAAGCGAUCUGGCCAGCGUAAAUACAUUGCAAAUGUAUCCGUUUGUAAAGGAGUACCCAUUUAUGGGUUUCAAUUAGGAUACAGAUUUUUUUACAAAAUAUCUUUGUUAUCGCCACUUUACAAAUCCAGAUUGGCAAAACUCUUUCAGGAAAACACAAUUUCAUUAUUUAGAAUAGGCAUGGAAAAGAAGAAAAAUGUAACUUACAAUCCUGAACCAGCUUAUGUAUAUGAGGCACAUAUUCCGUAUUUGCUACAGUUUUUGACCGAUUACAAUUUAUUUGGAUGUGGAUGGGUAAAUAUCGACAAGGAUUUUGUUAGCCAGGAAGAUGCAAAGACUCGUGGGUUAUAUUUCCGAUCCCCAAUUUUUACAAAUAUACAUAAAUCAUUUCAUAGUCCCAACGAUUUGCUUGCACUACGUCAGUGUUUAUCAAAUUAUAUUACUGCGGAUAAUGUAUUAUAUAAUGGGCAGCUUGAUAAUGGGAACCCGUGUCCUUUUAAUCGAAUCGGUAAAUCCACUCUUGAGAUGGAUAUUACCACAAAUAGUAUAGUCAACCGUACAUGGCUUAGUCCUCGAGAGCUUCAUGAUGAUUUUAUAGAGAAAGCAGAGUUUCUCGAAUACAAAAGAGCAAUUGAGCUGGGAAGUCAUAAGUAUGGUUACAAGUAUGAUCAAGAUGGUCAACCGAGAAUUUAUUUGUCUUCCUUGAAACAAAUUUACAACGAUCUAAAAUAUCAGUGUCGAUCAAGAGAUUCACUGUUUAAUGUUGCUGCAGAUGUUUUAGAAACCGAAAACUCGUCGUAUUUUGGUACUGGAUCUACAAACUGGUCGAAUCAAGAACAGUUGAACGAGCUAUUUGAUUACUUGAAGAAGCUAAAUGGUGAUGUCAAAUUGGAUUCACUGAAGUAUUCCAAAAAGUACCUACAAGCGAGAAAAUUGAAACAGCCAGCUGUUUUUUCAAGAAUACCUACGGCUUUCCAAUUGGUUGACAUUGAGAAAUCAAUAGUGCAACAUAAGCUUAAAAUGAGAUUUGAUAGUGAUUUAUUAAAUUGGACUAAUUAUGUUAAAUUGUUUGAUCUGCAAAAUAGUCAAGUGUUAAAUAACGAUGAACCUGUUGCAAUCAAUAUUUUGCCAGAGGAAAAUUUAUCGGAUAAUGAGAUUUCUGACAACAAUGGGAGAGAGACGAUGAAUGAAAAUACUAAUUCUGAUGCUGAUGAAAAUUUGGUGAUAGACAACCAACUUGAAGUAGAACCUACCGAAAACAUCCCAAAAGAGGACAACAAAGAACCUGAUGAUUACGAAUUGACACAACUUCAUCAAUUCGAUGAAUCUUUAAUGAGAAAUUUGACACAAAUUCAAGCUACAAAAACUGCAAAUUUCUUGGGUGUAGAAGAUUUGUCUUAUCUUGAUGACUUUUCAUUUACAUCUUCGCAAAGCCAAUCUGAUUUCAAGAAUUUUCAAAUAACAGAUAACACAUAUGAAGUUCCCAUUCCUGACCAAUUGAAACCGGAAAACAUUGAUCAGACUUUCCAGCUGGCAGGGUUGCUAAAGGUGAAUUAUUCAGAUCCAUUCUAUGACAAUCAAAAUGAUGUACCUGCAAAACCUUUGGUAUUUGCCAAUCAGAAAAUUGUGGUGCCAUUGAAAAAUGAGCUGCUGAUUCCUAGUCUUGAGAUGUCUCAAUUAAUUAAACAAAAUACACACAUAACUAAACCCAUAUCCCAAAUAUUCAGUACUUGGCAGUAUGUACCUGAACCCCCGUCUAAGCGUGAAGUCAGUAAGUGGUUAAAACAUGAUGAAGCGUACACCCUUAAAAAGAAUACCAAAUACCAAUUCCAGAUAGAACCAGGAGUGACUCAAUCUUAUGAUUACAAGUAUUCAUACAAUUCUAUGAAAAUUUCGAGAAGACCUGACGAGUUUAAUUGUUUGACGAAUUUUCACAUGGAACUACAUGCGAAUCCUCCCAAUAGUAAACUUACAGUUGACCCUUUAAGAGAUCCCAUUUCAUUGAUUUUUUAUUCUUUCGAUGAUGCUAAUAAUAUGUUUAGACAUUUAAAUUUCGCGUCGGGUAUUUUGAUCUUUAAUAAUACAAAUAUUGAUAUGAAUUUGAUACAGAGAUUAUCACAUACAUUGAAUAAACAUAUUGAAAUAUUUGACGAUGAAUUGAAAAUGAUUACAAAAUUAGUCACACUAGUUGAGCUCUUUGAUCCGGAUAUUUUAUCGGGAUAUGAAGUCAAUUCAAUGUCGUGGGGUUACAUUGUUGAGAGACUAAGAGAUGUAUUUGGUAUAAAUAUAAUGCUGGAUUUGAGUCGGGGAAGUUUCAAGAGUAACGGGAAGUUUGGUGACCGAUGGGGUUACACACACACAUCGAAUAUCGAGAUUUCGGGGAGACAUAUGCUUAAUGUAUGGCGACCGUUAAGAUCAGAGUUGAGUCUCACCAGUUAUUCGUUGGAAAAUGUCACAUAUCAUUUACUACAUAAGUCUUUGCCAAGAUAUCUGAAUUAUAGACUAUCUGAGUGGCUAAAAGAAGGUACUUUUUCCAGUAUCUUUGCUGUUUUGUCGUACUACAUAAACAGAAUUGAUAUUGUUCUUAAAAUAAUUAAUGUUCAGGAAUUGAUUACUAGAAAUGUUGAGCAUUCCAGAUUGAUUGGAAUCGAGUUUAAUUCAAAUUUCUAUCGGGGCUCUCAAUAUAAGGUUGAAUCGAUUUUGGCACGAAUUUGUAAACCAGAAAGUUUAUUGUUGAACUCGCCUUCCAAACAACAGGUUCAUGAAAUGAGACCAAUAGAAUGCAUUCCGUUGAUUUUAGAACCGAAAUCAAACUUUUAUAAAUCGCCUUUGGUGGUAUUAGAUUUCCAAUCAUUGUAUCCGUCAAUCAUGAUUGCCUAUAACUAUUGCUAUUCAACUUUGGUUGGUAAAUUGCACAAUUAUCGCCCCACUAAGAAUAAUAUUGGAUAUUUACGUAAUUUGAAAAUUCCCUAUGGGUUAGUAAACUUGCUUCAAAGGGAAGAUGGCUUCAAUAUAUCUCCUAAUGGGUUUGUAUUUGUUAAAAGUCACAUUAGAAAGUCUGUAUUAGCAAAGAUGUUGGAAGAGAUUUUAAGUAUCAGAAUCAAAAUCAAACAAGUUAUGAAAUUGUUUAAAGAGGAUGCCGAGUUGACAAAACUAUACAAUUCUAGACAACUUGCCCUAAAGUUAAUAGCUAAUGUUACAUACGGUUACACUUCAGCUACAUUUAGUGGUAGAAUGCCCAAUUCUGAUAUUGCGGACGCUAUCGUGUCCACCGGAAGAGAAAUUUUAAACAAAUCAAUUGAAUUAAUAGAAGCCGGGAAUUAUGGUGCCAAAGUUGUUUAUGGUGACACGGAUUCUUUGUUUGUUUACUUCCCUGGUAAACCUAAAACUGAAGCGUUCAAGCUUGGUAAACAAAUUGCCAAAACGAUUACUAAUUAUUUCCCCGAUCCUGUGAAACUUAAGUUUGAAAAAGUGUACCACCCGUGUGUUCUAUUGGCGAAGAAGAGAUAUGUUGGGUUUUCCUAUGAAUACGAGGAUCAAAAAACUCCUAAAUUUGAUGCCAAAGGUAUUGAAACAGUACGAAGAGAUGGAAUUCCUGCACAACUGAAAAUGACCGAAAAGACAUUAAGAAUUUUAUUUGAAACGAAAAACCUUUCCAAAGUGAAACAAUAUACGAUUGAUCAGUUUUACAAAAUCAUCUUCAAUAAAGUGCCCAUUAGAGAUUUUUGUUUUGCUAAAGAAGUGCGAUAUGGUACUUACAAAAAUGAAAAAUAUUUACCCCCAGGGGCUAUAAUUGCUAAAAAUAUGGCAGAGGAAGACCCAAGAAAGGAGCCUCAAUAUCGAGAGCGUGUGCCUUACGUUGUUAUUAGAGAUUCUUCAAAACCCAGGAUUAAAGACCGCUGUGUCACACCCGAAGAUUUUAUCAAAUCAUAUGAAACUAAUCUGCCGGUCUCUUUGGAUUAUGAAUACUAUAUCACUAGGGUAUUAAUUCCUCCUUUGGAAAGGAUUUUCAAUUUAAUUGGUAUUGACAUUACCGGUUGGUAUAGACAAAUGCCUAUAGUAAUGCGUGGUUCGCAUGUCGCAUACGCUGAAGGUUGUCUAGUGUGUGGGAAUCGGUUGGAUGAUAGUGCUAAUAUUUGUCUGAAAUGUCUUGCAAAUGAACAAGAGGUGAUUGCCGAUAUAAUUCUGACUUCUAGAGACACUGAAAAGAAACUUGUUGAAGUUGAACGUGUGUGUCAAAAGUGUGUGGAUAAUAACACCUCUCUGUCAAUGGGGAGAUUCAUCGAUCAAUGCACUGAUGAUUGUGUCAAUGGAGAUUGUAUCGUCUAUUAUAAUAAAUUUAAGCUCAAUUAUGAAUCGAAACAAAUUUUCACCAAAAAAGACAAAAUCCUUCAAGAGUUGGAUUGGUAA